AUGUUAUUGUCCCUCUGCUUCCUCUCCAAAGAAAAUGCCUUACCACAUGGCUUUUGGGUGAUUGACUUUCUUUCCUUCAUUGGUCAAUUGCAUUUCUGUGUUUGGAAACCAGAUUCCCCAAAAGCAAGACCAAGACCUGUUGUUGAUGGUAAAGAUGGCACUCCUAAGAAGCAAAAACAGUGUAAUUGUAAACACUCUCGCUGUUUAAAGCUGUAUUGCGAGUGUUUUGCAUCUGGAAUUUACUGUGACGGUUGCAACUGUGUAAACUGUUGCAACAAUGUUGAAAAUGAAGGUGCUAGACGAGAUGCAGUCGAAGCUACUUUGGAGCGUAAUCCAAAUGCAUUCAGGCCAAAAAUUGCAAGCAGCCCACAUGGACCAAGGGAUAGUCGGGAGGAAGCAGGUGAGCUUGUGGUCUUGGCAAAGCACAAUAAAGGAUGCCACUGCAAGAAAUCAGGGUGCCUCAAGAAAUAUUGCGAAUGCUUCCAAGCCAACAUUCUAUGCUCUGAGAACUGUAAAUGCAUAGACUGCAAAAACUUUGAAGGAAGUGAAGAGAGACAAGCUCUAUUUCAUGGUGAUCAUGCCAACAACAUGGCAUAUAUUCAACAUGCAGCAAAUGCUGCCAUUACUGGAGCUAUUGGAUCUUCUGGAUAUCUAUCAUCCCCAAUGGUAUCCAAGAAAAGAAAAGGUCAGGAACUCUUUUUUGGACAGACAGUCAAGGAUCCGUCAGCUCAUAGGAUAGGACAGUAUCCACAGGCAAACCAUCUCAGACCUCCUGCACCGUCUUCGUCUUCUGUCCCUGUUGCUCGUCAUGGUACUGCAGGAUUAGGGCCUUCAAGGUUCACAUACAGGUCUCUCCUAGCAGACAUCAUCCAACCACAGGACUUGAAGGAGCUUUGCUCAGUUUUGGUUGUGGUAGCAGAAGAAGCAGCAAAGACACUUGCAGAACAAAGAAAUGCUGCAGAGAAGCAGGCAGAAGCUUCCCUUGUUACAACCACAGAAGACAGGUUGCAAAGUCAAAAGGAAUCUGAUACGCAGAAAGCUGUGACUGACGAUUGUUCUACAGCAAACCAAGCUGACAAAAUCAGCUCUGAAGAUUCUAAUUCCGAUGGUGUUGAUGGGCCAAAAGGGAGGCCAAUGUCUCCUGGAACUUUGGCCUUGAUGUGUGACGAACAAGAUACAAUGUUCAUGUCAGCUGCUUCUCCUAAUGGGUUGAUGGGGGAUGGAUGCAAUACAUCUUCUCAGUUGCCUAACGGACAUGGAAUGACAGAAGUCUAUGCAGAACAAGAAAGGAUUGUGUUAGCAAAGUUUCGUGGCUGUCUUAAUAUGCUCAUCACUCGCGGAGAACUGAAAGAAGCAGAGUGCGCAUCUUUAGCCAGAAGUGAAGCCGCAGCUCAAAGAGAGCAAAUCGGUAAUGGAACUACAAAUCCAAGAAUGGAAACAGGCAGUCGUCAGGGACCAAUUAGCAAUGGUGUUGCAAAAACUGCUGUCCCACCUACAGCCAGGACAUCGCAGAUGGUUAGUGCUGCUGUCCCACCUACAGCCAGGACACCGCAGACGGUUAGUGCAGCUGUUCCACCUACAGCCAGGACAUUGCAGAUGGUUACUGCAGCUGUUCCACCUACAGCCAGGGCAUCGCAGAUGGUUACUGCGGCAGUUUCAGCUCCUACUACUGUGUCUCCAAAACCUCCAUCCGUUCCCGGAAACGGGGGAAAUAAACCAAAAGCUUAAAGAACUGUAAAAAGAAUUCAGCACACAAGAUUUACCCAAGGUAAAUUCAGUCGACUUGUCAGUGUCAACUGGCAAGACAGUACUAGGAACCACUCUUAGAAGGAUCUAACUUUUGUUUUUGUUUUCUAAGGUUAUUAAUAUAUUGUAGAUUAGAAUUUUUUUUGGCUUCAACCAUAGUUCGAUCCAGGUGGUGUAAAAUGCAGGGCCUUGUAAUUGCACAUGAUAUCAUUUUAGACUGUUACAUACAAAUUAACAUCAUAGCUAGCUUGACUGCUACAAGGUAGGAUUUUUCAUUUAAUUUUCUACUAUUUUUGGCCUUUUCUAUAUAUUUCACAAUUUCUGGAGAAACAGCGAGCAUUCCUCCAUUUAUGGUG